ACCCAAAGACAACCUUUACAGAGAAAAUUUCAGGGCUAAAUGGUGCAGAAAGCUUGAAGAAAAAUCCCAUUUCGGCAACUUUUAUUCCAAUUGUUCGAUGUUUUAUAAUUCUUUGCUACUUGUAAUUGUUUGCAUAAUAUGAUUAAUAAAUGUCUAAGCGGAACAUAACAGCCGCCUCUUUGAUGCAUGGUAUUUCUUUCUUCUUGUUUCUGCCGAACAACCUGCAUAUGUUUAAAGCUGGGUGUUGAGAGUCAGAUAACUAUCUAAACCUCAGGAAGUGAGCGAUGUCUGCAAAUCUGUCACGGAACCUUUCAUGGAAGAUCAGGCUCUACCAGUCCAUCGUCUUUGGCAUCAGGAUCUUUUGCCGUUGUGAUGAUGGCAUCAUAAACCGGGGUACCAAGAACCUCUUUGACUUCAAAGCCCCUCCUUCCAGGGAACCGAUUAAUGGUGUAAGCACGUUUGAGACCACUGUUGAUGCUACCCACAACCUCUGGUUCAGACUUUACAUUCCCUCACACACAAAAGAUGGCUGUGGUAAAGUGAAAAUGCUGGUUAUCUUCUACUUCCAUGGUGGUGGCUUUACCUGGAUGAACACAAAUUCCAUUGGAUGUGAUAACUUGAGCAGAAGACUCUCUCGAGAAAUUCCUGCAGUGACCAUGUCAGUCAAGUAUAGGCUCUCACCGAAGCAUAAGUGUCCAAGCUAGUAUGAAGACGGUUUGGAUGUCUUGAAGUUCAUGGACAAGAACACUGGCGUAGAAAACUUCCCCACAUUUGCCUAUCUGAAACGGUGUUAUAUUGCUGGAGACAGUGCUGGUGAGAACAUAGCACAUCAUGUAGCAGUAAGAGCCUCUGAUUACCAGUUCAACAAUUUGGAGCUUACCGGACUUAUAGCAAUACAACCCUUUUUUGGCAGUGAGGAGAGGACAGAAUCUGAGAUGAAGCUAACAGAAACUCCAUUUAUUUCAGUGCAAGGGACAGACCGCUCGUGGAGAGCCUUCCUGCCAGAGGGGUCUGACCGCGACCAUCCAGCAGCAAAUGUUUUUGGGCCUAGAUCAGCAAAUAUUUCCACAUUAAAGUUCCCAGCAACCACUUGGAUCAUAGGAGGGUUAGAUCCAUUAUAUGACUGGCAAAUAAGGUACUCCGAUGGACUAAUUAAGUGAGGAAAAGAAGCAUUUCUAGUUGAGCAUCCAAAUGCUUUUCAGGUGUUUUAUUCUAUGUCAGACUUGCCAGAGUCCAAAUUGCUCA